AUGAUUAUAAGGUAUUUGAUGCAGAAUUGUUUACUACGAACAACAACACCAUCAGUGACCUUAAACUUCGUAACCCUUUCAUUAAGGUAUUUAGCGACGUCAAAAGGUGUUGUAACAUUAACAAAGCCAAAUUUUAAUGUUGGCACUAUCGGUCACAUAGACCAUGGAAAAACGACUUUAACAGCAGCUAUCACACGAGUUCUUUCUAAUAAAGGCAAUACGAAGUUUAUGAAAUUUGAUGAUAUUGAUAAAGCAAAGGAGGAGAAACGUCGUGGUAUUACUAUUAAUAUUGCUCACAUUUCUUAUGAAAGUGAGAAAAGGCGUUACGCUCAUACAGAUUGUCCUGGUCACAGCGAUUUUAUUAAGAACACUAUCUGUGGCGCCUCUCAAAUGGAUGCAGCUAUUUUAGUUAUUGCUGCCACUGAAGGUGUUAUGGCUCAAACGAAGGAACAUCUUGUACUGGCCAAGCAGGUUGGAGUCCGUCAUAUAGUUGUUUUCAUUAACAAAACCGACUUGGCUGAUCCAGAUAUAGUCAGCCUUGUAGAAAUGGAAGCGUUAGAAUUAUUGGAACAGUACGGCUUUGAAGGAGAUUCUGUCAAAGUUGUUAAAGGAUCGGCACUAGCAGCUCUUGAGAAUGGAGAUUCGAAAUGUAUUGAGGAUUUAUUGCAGGCGCUUGAUGAAAUUCCUCUUCCACAACGGAAAGAUGAAAUGCCAUUUUUUAUGCCGGUGACUUCUAGUAUAGCAGUAAUUGGUCGUGGGACCGUAAUCAUUGGUACGGUUGAAGAGGGGACAUUGCGGAAGGGUGAGAAGUUAGAAAUUGUUAGCAACAAGCUUCAGCAAGCAGUAGCGUCUGAAAUCCAGGUGUUUGGAAAGACAGUUAAAGAAGUGAAAGCUGGUGAGCAUUGCGGUAUACUAUGCAAAGGUAUAAAGGUGGAGGAUGUUGGCCGCGGUUUUUGGUUAGGCGCACCUGGUACUAUACAGAGAUCGAACAUUUGUAAAGUUGAACUUUAUUUGUUAACUGAAGAAGAAAAUGGAAGGAGAAUCGGCAUCAGAUCUGGGUACUCAGAUAAAGUGUACUGUACCACAUGGGAUAAAGCAGGACGGUUUGUCUUUGACCAAGAAAUGUUAAUGCCGGGGGAACAUUGCGUAUCUCACUUAAUUUUUGAAAAGGAAAUCCCGCUUAGACCUUCUUUGGCUUUUGCCGUCCGAGAUAGCGGGAGGAGAACUGUUGGACGUGGUGUGAUUCGUGAGGUAUUACCUCCGUUGAAUAUAAAAAAUUUCAGUGAUUUGAAGAAAUAUAAAGAGUUUUCAAGAACUGAUCAUUGA